GGCGCGACCGUGCGGCCCGGCGGGAGCAAGUCGUCGGGGUCGGCCUCGUCGGCGCGGAGCAUCCCAGAGCUGUACGAGGAGCGGGGCGCGAGCAGCCUGCGCGAGUUCGGCCUCCGGGAGCUCCACGCCGCCACCAGCGACUUCAGCCGGCUGCUCAAAAUCGGCGAGGGCGGGUUCGGGAGCGUCUACAAGGGGGUCGUCCGCCUGCCCGGUGGCCCCGCCGGCGGCACCGUGGUGGCCAUCAAAAGGCUCAACACCAGCGGCCACCAGGGGCAUAAGCAAUGGCUGGCAGAAGUUCAUUUUCUAGGGGUUGUCGAGCACCCAAACCUCGUCAAGCUCAUCGGUUACUGUGCUGCCCGUAACGAAAGAGGUCCUCAGAGGCUGCUUGUCUAUGAGUUCAUGACGAACAAAACUCUGGAUGAUCAUCUAUUCAAUCGAGCAUACCCUGUUCUUCCAUGGGGCGUCAGGUUGGAAAUAGUAUUUGGUGCUGCUCAGGGUUUGAUGUAUCUCCAUGAAGGGUUGGAGAUUCAGAUCAUAUAUCGUGAUUUCAAAGCUUCCAAUGUUCUGCUGGAUGAGGAGUUUAGACCGAAACUUUCAGACUUUGGAUUAGCAAGGGAAGGGCCAUCAGCAGAUCAAACUCAUGUGUCUACAGCGGUUAUGGGAACCUAUGGUUAUGCGGCUCCAGACUACGUCGCGACAGGCCAUCUCACCACCAAGAGUGAUGUUUGGAGCUUUGGAGUAGUACUCUAUGAGAUCCUCACCGGACGACGUUCUAUGGAUAAGAACCGCCCCAAGAAUGAGCAGAAACUGCUGGAAUGGGUAAAGCAGUAUCCUGCCGGAAGUAAGCAGUUCAGCAAGAUUAUAGAUACAAGACUCGAAGGCCGUUACUCUAGGCAGGGAACUAGAGAAAUUGCUAAGUUGGCCAACACCUGCCUUGCAAAGCGCUCAAGGGACCGUCCAACCAUGAGACAGGUGGCUGACAGCCUAAAGCAAGUGAUGCAGCUCAAGCAGUUGGAUGGCGAAAGUGUCACAUCAGGGGGCAACUCGCCACCUCAUGAUGUCCAGGGUAAGCCAACAGCAGACGAUAUUGCCGUGGCUUCAGCAAGGCGGCGGAUGCUUCACCUUGCUGCUCUAGGUGAAAAUGGAAACAGCAUCGCAAGGAGGAGAUUCAUGUUCAUGAAGGCUGCCGCUGCUCCAACUCCAACGUGAUCUUCUGUAACAAUUAAUGUCCUAGACUCCGUGUACAUUGUAAUGCGUCUAUGAAGAAAAAUCCACUAAUGGUGAUUUUUCCUCCUUAUCAGUGUACAACCUUUAGAAGAUCUAAUGUUUUGUGUACUUGUCUUCAUACGUAGUUCUUUAGGUUGAGUUGCAUAUUUGGAACUUGAGACUUUGAGAGUUCCUGAUGUGAAGGGUUGUUUAUACAGUACCAAUGUAGGUAUGAAAUGAGUCUGUUUUCUAUGUUUUACCGUGUA